AUGUCACACAAACAAAUUUACUAUUCAGACAAAUACGACCAUGAGGAGUUCGAGUACCAGCAUGUCAUGUCGCCCAAGGAUAUAGCCAAGCUGGUCCCUAAAACACAUUUGAUGUCUGAAUCUGAGUGGAGGAAUCUUGGUGUUCAGUGGAGUCAGGGAUGGGUCCAUUAUAUGAUCCAUGAACCAGAACCUCACAUCUUGCUGUUCCAGCGCCUACUACCCAAGAAGCCAAAGUAA